AUGAGCCCAGCACAAGAACUGAGCUCCACUCUUGUCUCAAUUGAAAAUGGGAGCGAUUCAAUAGGAAUGUUUCCCUUGUUGACUGAUGGGCAUGCUCCCGUUGGCAGCAAGUUUGACCUCGAAACGAAACACCACAAGAUUCUUGGGGAGGAAGCCCUGACAACUGGAAACUUGUCAGAGUCCGUCAUCAUUUCAGCAUGGGCAAUAACCCUUUCGAUAUAUAUUGGAACACCCAAAGUUUCCUUCCACGUCUUACUGAAUGAUGGAUUCCAGUGGCGAGCUUCGAUAUUCCAUCUAAAUGCCACCGAGAAUCAGACACAACAACAGAUCGUCCAAAAAUCUCGCAGUUUGCUCCAGCAUCUUAAGUCUGAAAGUAUUCUGCACGAAGUAACAGUUAGAGAGCUCGAACAGCCAGUGAACACUGCAAUUGUGCUCGGCCAUGUUUAUGGUAGAUCAGCUUUGCCAACGCUAAAUUUUACACGGGUAUUUCCACCUUCCCCCUAUUAUGCGACGACAAAAUUGAUAACCAUGAACGUUAUAGCGACCGCGGCUGAGGCAGACUUCCGCUUGGGCUACCAAAACUCUAUGCUUUCAGAUGGCCAGGCAAUAAAUGUUGGCUCUACGUUUGCAAAAAUAUUGUCAGGUUUUGGGCCAAAAUCCGAUAAACCACUCAGUUCUCUGGAAUACAUGAGUAAAACCCAUGUCGCUCAGCUGUGGAAUUUCAACAGUGGAGUUCCAAAAGAACCCUGGAUGGAAUGCUUCCAUAGUGUUGUGGAGAGACAUGCGCUGGAACGACCGCUAUCUCAAGCCAUUGACGCGUGGGAUGGGAGGUUCACAUAUGCUGAGCUAAACAAACUGUCGAUGCGGUUGGCAGAAUACCUCCAAACCCAUGGAGUGGGACCUGGCACUAUUGUCCCAAUUUGUUUCGAGCGUUCUGCAUGGGCAAUAGUAGCUAUGCUGAGUGUGUCGAAAGCCGGCGGGGCAUUCGUGAGCAUUCCGCCAUAUUUGCCGUCUGGUCGAAGAGAGGCUAUGAUUCAAAUGAUAUCUCCUUCAAUCAUAUUGACGACGUCGAACUUUUGCCAUCUUUGGGCCACUGGGCUAAAAUGCAUUCCGAUAGAGGGCAACCGCAUAAAUUGCCUACCAACAUCUGAAAUGCCCUUAAUAUCAAACUCCAGACCCGUGGACACAUUUUACAUCAUUUUCACCAGCGGUUCGACAGGAGUUCCAAAAGGAUGUAUGGUGUCCCAUUCAUCCUUCUUGAACGGGGCUCUCAGAAAAGCUCCAGAAUGGAACUUUGGACCCGGUCGUCGUGUCCUUCAGAUGCUAAGCCAUACGUUCGACAUGAGUCUCCUAGAAAUCUGUACUAGUUUAGGUUCCGGGGCAUGUGUAUGUGUACCACAAACCGAGGAAAUCGAAGAUAGCCUUGCAGGUGCAAUCAAAAAAUAUAGCGUCGAUCUUGCGGUCAUGACUCCGUCGCUUGCUAGGCGGUUGGAACCUGAAGCUGUACCAGGGUUACGGGUGCUGUGCCUUGGAGGAGAAUCGUUUCCUAAAGAGCUAGUCACAUUGUGGUCCGAACGAGUCAGCCUUUUUCAAUUCUACGGCCCAAGUGAAUGUUCGAUCAAUUCGUCAACAAGAGCUAUAACACACAAGCACACUGAUCCACUGAAUAUUGGAGUUCCUAAUAAUGCUGCAUGCUGGGUGGUAUCUCCAAAAGAUCACAACUGUCUCGUCCCUGUUGGCGCCAUUGGCGAACUUUUAGUGUCUGGUGCUAUUGUUGGCCAGGGGUAUUAUAAAAAUCCUGUCAAGACUGCAGAGGCAUUCGUCCAAGACGUUAAUUUUCUCUGUGGAGAUUCUCGGUACAACGGCUGGCGUUGUUACAAGACUGGCGACCUAGUACGAUGGAACUCCGACGGCACACUCACAUUUUGUGGGCGUGUGGAUAGCCAGGUGAAACUUAAUGGCCAACGCCUUGAAUUAGGAGAGGUUGAAUACCAUUUGACUCUGGAUAAUGAAGUUCGUCAUGCAAUGGCCAUGGUUCCAAAGAUAGGGCGAUGUAAAGAUAAUUUAACGGCAAUUAUAUCUUUGAAGUCAUCAACAAUGGCCGAUAUCGAGGAUAAAAUGUCAACGAUUCGUGGUACCUUGGCCGAGGAAAGUAUGCAAUUCAUCCGAAAACGAUUACAAAAUGCCCUCCCAAGGUAUAUGGUUCCGACUAUAUGGGCAUUUAUCCUCGAAGUUCCCAUGUCUGCAUCUGGAAAGAUAGACCGUGUUAAGAUACGUAAGUGGGUUGAAGAAAUGUCAGAAAGCACGUUCCGUGAAAUAACAGGGGGCUCAAAGCAACAUGAUAACAAGAAGCCUUUGAAAGAGAUGGAACAGUUCAUCCAGGAGACAUGGAGUAAAGUCUUAGACCUAUCACUGGAGGAGGUCGGCCUUCAUCAAUCUUUCAUACAACUCGGUGGCAGUUCGAUACUAGCCCAGGAAGUUGUUGCAAAAUGCAGAAAGAAGGGAGUAGGCUUGACCAUGACUGAUAUUUUGACUUGCGAUGGCGUUGCUGGAGCGGCAUCUUUGACUACGGCACUUGAGAAAAGUGAGUCGCAGAAAAGAUUGCUUAGUUCCACUCCCACACCAAUUUGGCGAAAACUUCGAGCAGAGUACGAUUUGUCACGCUUAGGGGCCUCACAUAUCGAUGACAUUGAAGAUGUGUAUCCUUGCACACCUAUGCAAAUUGGUAUGUUUCUUGGUCAAAUCCAGAGGCCAGGCUCAUAUCACCUCAGGUUCUUCUACAGACCAACCGUGAAGGACGGAAAAUUGCCGGGGAUAGAAAUGAUACAAUCAGCCUGGCACAAAGUUGCUUCUCACCAUCCUUCACUGCGUACAGUGUUCGUGGAUGAUCUGGGAUUCGGCGCGGAGUAUCAUUCCAUUGUGUUGCGGAAAGCUCCACUGGAUGUGUGCAUACACGAACGGCCCGCAAAUUUUUCACCAUCCGAGGCUAUGAACGCAUUUACCAGGUCAAUCAAGCCAUUUAUAAAAGGCUCAGCGUUCCAUAGAUUAUCCCUAUGCGUGUGCGAAGACAAGGUCAUGUAUCUUAUGAUAGAGAUUUCUCACGCACUGGUGGAUGGCGCUGCCAUGGAAAAUCUAAUGAGAGACUUCGCAACUGCUUGUGGCGAUGGGCAGCUCUUUCACCAGUCGUACUCUUACCGAGAGUUUGUGGAGUAUGUGGCUUCACAAAACAAUGAAACGAGCGCUAAGUACUGGACGUCAUAUCUCAAAGAUUGUCCGCCCUGCAUGAUACCUGUCAGUCAACAAAUGACUUUUGACAGCUUGCCCACCCGCUUCUUAAGGAAAGAUUUUGCCUAUGAGAGGAGCAGGGAGUUCUUGGUCAGGUGUAAAGAACGACAUAUAACUGUGGCAUCUGCCGUCAGAGUGGCUUGGGCGUUGGUUCUCAGGGCAUAUACCGGGUCAAGUGACGUCUGUUUCACCUAUGUCGCUGCUGGAAGAGAUGUGCCCGUCAAAGACGUGGAUAUGAUGGUUGGGCUAUGUCUAAGCAUACAGCCUUGCAGGGCACAGCUCUGUAAUAACACCACGUUUAUAUCUCUUGCGGAAAGAAUGCAACAAGAGUAUAUCGAUAGUAUGCCGUACCAACACUAUCCUUUAACGGAACUGAAGGCGCGACUAUACCCAAAAGGCAGUGAGGCAAUGUUCAAUACAGCCGUUUCAAUGGAGUGGACUGCUCGAACUAACCCAUAUUACAACACUUCUGUGGCAUUUGAGGAAAUUAGGGAGCAAGAUGACCCAACAGAGUAUGAUAUAGUUGCCAAUGUUGAAAUCGUUGACGAUAGCAUGAAGCUUGGCUUUUUAUAUUGGCCAUCUUUUAGUGACGCUGACGUGAUACGCAUUGCGGAUGCUUUUAAGAGAGCACUGAAUUGUUUGCUGGACUCUGCCGACAGGCAUAUUGAGGCUAUCUCACUGCUUAGUGAGCAUGAAUUUGAUGUCAUGAAGUCCUCAGGCCAGGAGACACUGAGCCCCGCAGAAACAUGCGUGUUUAUUGCUAUAGAGAAACAAGCCAUUGCACGGCCAAACGCUCAAGCCAUGGUAUCUUGGGAUGGGGAAUACUCGUAUAGCGAACUUGUUGAAUGCUAUACGGCCUUUGCCAGGUAUCUUGUCGAGCAUGGAGUGAGCAAGGGAGACAAUGUUGCCAUAUGUCUCGACAAAUCCUGUUGGUCCGUCAUAACAAUAUUGGCGAUCCUAAAAGCCGGUGCUAUCUUUGUUGCUACGAAUCCUCUUCAUUCUCAGCAGCGACUUGAGAGCAUAUUGACACCCCCGACAACUGUAAUAAAUAAGGAAAUGAUGGCUGGUGCAUCGCCUCUGACAAUAUUACCAACAAUUAACGACUGUGAUAUGGCGGCAAUCGUGUACACCUCGGGUACGACGGGAGUUCCAAAGGGAAUUAUGAUUGAUCACGGCUCCCUCGGGACAAGCGUGCUCCUCGGACAUGGAAAAAGCUAUGGGUUUGGCAGAGAGACUCGUGCACUGCAAUUUGCUGCUUUCACUUUCGACGCUUGUUUACAGGAAAUCAUCACCGUUCUCUCCUAUGGUGGCUGUGUAUGUGUACCAUCAGAGGAUGAGCGCCUAUCGAACCUUUCAGGCUGCAUGACCCAAAUGCAGGUGAAUUUAGCACUCUUCACACCAACCGUUGCGAGGCUCAUUAAACCUCAAGAUGUGGCCUGUCUGAAAAGAAUGAUAUUGUGCGGAGAACCUAUGUCUCGGCAAGAUCUGGAAGUAUGGGCAAGGGCGGUUGAGCUAUACAAUGGAUAUGGACCAGCUGAAGCGACUAUCUGCGUCUCUGUUAGCGGUCCCCUGGACGUAUUGGAUGACCCUGCCAAUAUAGGACAUGCUGUGGGAGGAACACGACUUUGGAUAACCGAGACUGCAGAUGAUAACCGGCUGGCCCCUGCAGGUUGUAUCGGAGAGCUGGUCAUUGAGUCACGUCAAAUUAGCCGAGGAUAUCUACACGAUGCAGAAAAGACGGCUACCAUGUUUAUCAACCCCAUUUGGCUGCCAGGUAGCAGAGCAUAUAAGACGGGUGAUCUAGUAAAAAGGAAUCCUGACGGGAGCUUGACGUACUGUGGCCGCAAAGACACACAAGUUAAGCUACGUGGGCAGCGCGUGGAGCUUGGAGAGGUUGAAUAUCACGUAUGCGAGUGCUGGGCGGAUACAUCAGGGGUGGUAGCUGAGGUCAUACACCCGGUGGGCGAAGGGAAAGCGAUACUAGCUGCAUUCGUAUGCACUGGCAACGCGGGGAAUAAAUCCCUCGGUGAUUUCGAUAGACCCGAAGAAGACAGGGCCGAGUUGUCUCAAGUUUGGGUGUCAAAGGCGUUUAUCGAGCAACUGGAAGAUCGGCUGCCUUGCUAUAUGGUUCCAUCAAUAUUUUUCACAGUGCCUUCUAUACCUCUAACACCAAACGGAAAGGCAGAUCGACAACGGCUCCGUGACAUUGGUUCCAGUUGCACAAGCAAGAAUCUUGCCCAGGUAAACAAUCUUCAGAAUAACGCCAGACGUGCACCUUCAGGAGCUAGAGAACGGAAAUUGCAACAGUUAUGGAGUUCCGUUUUAAAUGUCGAUAGGAACCAAAUUAGCCUGGACGAUAGCUUCUUCCGUCUGGGCGGAGAUUCAGUCUCAGCAAUGAGGUUGGCGACGACCGCAAGAAAAGUUGGUAUCAACUUGACAGUAGCGGACAUUUUCCGUCACCCUCACAUUGAUGAGCAGGCUAGGAUUUCAUCCUCAUCUUCCAACAAUAUAUUGAAGACCUUGAUAGCCAAGCCAUUCGCUCAUAUUCAGAGAAAGGACUUGGAGCGAGUUGUUUCAUUGGUAGGGCUUGGACCCUAUGCUAAGAAUGCGAGUGAUAUCGAAGAUAUCCUUCCAGCAACCGAUGUACAGUCAUUUUAUGCCUCACGAGCAGCUGAAUCUUCAAGGGAUGCAUUAAAUUACUUUUAUCUGAAAUUUGACAAUAGCCCUGACGUCACUCUGCUGCGCAAUGCUUGUCAAGGCAUCGUUGACCAAUUUUCGAUAUUGCGUACAAUAUUCAUACCGACCCAAGGGAAAACUUAUCAGGUUGUGAUUCGAAAGCUUCAAGCACCUUUAGAGAUUCAUGACAAUAUUGAGAACAUUGACGAGGCAAGCGACGCAUUUUGCCUCCAGGAUCUGGAAAACAAAAUCACCCCCGGGUCUCUAUACUUAUCCUUCACAUUGAUUCGACGUGCGGCAUCUGGAUCCCAGCUUAUCAUCCGUAUGUCUCACGCGCAGUAUGAUGCUUUGUCUCAUAUACCCUUGGGAAAACAAAUAACGGGGACGACGGAUGUUGUAUACGGGUUUGUCGUUGCCGGCCGAAACAUCGGUAUGCCACAGAUUCAGAUGGUUGUCGGUCCAUGCAUGAACACAGUUCCAGUUAGGAUCUGUUUUAAUUCUAUGCGGACAACGGUAGAUCUCCAGCGUCAUGCGAUGGAUCAAUAUCUUUCCAUGGGAGACGCGGAUUCUUUGGGUUUCCAGGAUAUUGUGGAGAACUGUACCCAAUGGCCGAGCGGUACCAGGUUUGACACAUUACUUCAGUAUCACGAUAUUGAUGAAACGCCAGUGGUUGCCUUGGACGCUGAUUCAGAUUCAGGUCCUAGCAUUGCAAAACUAGACUGGUUCCGAAAGCCGUACGCAUCACCCACAAAUAUCGAGGUAUCUGCUCGUCCGAGUGGCAAAACUCUUGGAAUAACAGUGUCUAGUGACAGCAACUUGCUGAGCACUGAUUCUGCCACAGCAAUCUUGAUGAUGUUUGAAAAAUCUAUUAGGAUACUCUCUGAUGGUGGUGCAUUUCCGCUGCAUGCUAUUGAUCUCCUCGCUGUCGCUCCCCGCCAGAUCCAGCGCAAGGAGGAGUAUGAUAAUUUUGUUGUUGUUGUUGAUUUUUACUCGGUGGAGGCUGAAGCGUUUGACGCGUUACUACGAAGAAAAGUCGCGCUAGAAACACGACCCUGUCCUAAGCGCGCGGCUGCUUGUGAACAAAAACUACCUAUAAUGAAUGAUCUGUGGCCUGACUACACAGACUCUACACCAUCACCGGAAUUUGGGGCAUAUUGGGAAGAUGAGAAUUUUCUAGCACAGGGAGUGCGCGAGCCAAAUGUUCGCUCACAAACUCUAUUCUACCACCACGAGCGAAGGAAGUGGUGGAUUCAAGUGAUCUUAAUGGAAGCGAUUGCUGGCACUCUGAACAGGUGGAAGGCUCCAAAAUGCGAGAGGGAAAGAAUUUGUUGA